AUGCCCUUCCUGGAGCUGGACACCAACCUGCCCGCCGCCCGCGUGCCCGCGGGGCUGGAGAAGCGGCUCUGCGCGGCCGCCGCCGCCAUCCUGGCCAAGCCCGAGGACCGCGUGAACGCGACGGUGCGGCCCGGCCUGGCCAUGGCGGUGGGCGGCUCGGCCGAGCCCUGCGCGCAGCUGACGGUCUCCUCCAUCGGCGUGGUGGGCACGGCGGAGCAGAACCGGGACCACAGCGCCCGAUUCUUCGAGUUCCUCACGAAGGAGCUGUCGCUGGGCCAGGACCGGAUACUUAUCCGCUUUUUCCCCCUGGAGCCCUGGCAGAUUGGCAAGAAGGGGACGGUGAUGACGUUUUUGUGA